AUGGGGGCGCGGGGAAGGACCCCCGACUCGGGGAGUGAGACAGCCAACCCGUUUAAUGGAGCUGGGAGGGAGACACCAAAAAUACCCCUUUCUGGUACAGGAAUAAUACGGGGAAGGGGAACGGAGGCAAGCACAGGUGACAGAAAAACUUCUGGAAGGGUGGGGGAGCUCAAGAAGGAGGGACUUCCGGCCAGGUGGGCCGUCUUUCCAUCCCCUGGAAGAGGAUUUCCGGCAAAGAAAGUCAGGCCGCUUCCAGCAAUGGACGCUCAAGACGAAGGACUUCCGGUCCUAAAAGGCCGAUUAAAAGAAGGGAUGGGAGCUACAGUUUUUGUGCAGCCCCUGGACCUGGUGAAGAACCGGAUGCAGCUGAGUGGGGAAGGAGCCAAGACACGAGAGUACAAAACCAGCUUCCAUGCCCUCACCAGCAUUCUGAGGGCAGAAGGGCUGAGGGGCAUUUACACCGGGCUGUCAGCUGGCCUGCUGCGCCAGGCCACCUAUACCACUACUCGCCUUGGUAUCUAUACCGUGCUAUUUGAGCGCCUGACUGGGGCUGAUGGUACACCCCCUGGCUUUCUGCUGAAGGCCCUGAUUGGCAUGACUGCAGGUGCAACUGGUGCCUUUGUGGGAACACCAGCUGAGGUGGCUCUUAUCCGCAUGACAGCUGAUGGCCGGCUUCCAGCUGACCAGCGCCGUGGCUACAAAAACGUGUUUAAUGCCCUGAUUCGAAUUACCCGGGAAGAGGGCGUUCCUACACUAUGGAGGGGCUGCAUCCCUACCAUGGCUCGGGCCGUCGUCGUCAAUGCCGCCCAGCUCGCCUCCUACUCCCAGUCCAAGCAGUUUUUACUGGACUCAGGCUACUUCUCUGACAACAUCCUGUGCCACUUCUGUGCCAGCAUGAUCAGCGGCCUGGUCACCACUGCUGCCUCUAUGCCUGUGGACAUUGCCAAGACCCGGAUCCAGAACAUGCGAAUGAUUGACGGGAAGCCAGAAUACAAGAACGGGCUGGAUGUGCUGGUGAAGGUCGUCCGCUACGAGGGCUUCUUCAGUCUGUGGAAGGGCUUUACACCAUACUAUGCCCGCCUGGGUCCCCACACUGUCCUCACUUUCAUCUUCUUGGAGCAGAUGAACAAGGCCUACAAGCGUCUCUUCCUCAGUGGCUGAGGCGAGUGAGGGGCCUGGAGCCGCUGUGCCGGGGCUCCCACUCGCCCGCUGCUCCUACAGUCAGUGUGCCCCCCAGGGGACCUAGACUCUGCUGCCCUGGGCCCCUCUAUUUAUUUUCCCUCCACAGUAUGGUUCCCUCCUCUGUGAUAAAGGACUUUUGGUCUCUCCUGCCCCUGCUCCAGCUUGCCCUCCUUGUCCUAAUCAUCAUGAUCUCUCUGUCCCUGCCUGUGCCCUGCACGGAGGUGGGAAGCUCCCUGCAGAUUUCUGGCCUCCUCUUGGGUAUUAGUUUCAGGGCACAUAGUACAGCAGAAGGUCCCCCUUCUCAGUGGGGAAACCAAGGCAGAGCUGAGGGGACAGGAGAGAGCCGAAGCUGUCAAGAUGAUCAAAGGUCUGCAGUGGGAGGACAUGGCCCUUCCUUCCUCCACCUCACUGAGGACGUAAUCAAUAAAUUGGAUUGAUGACACCACCCCCAAAUCUGGAGAGCUGUGGGCGCAGGAGGGGGAGGAGACUGGACAAAGAAGCGGAUGCCCCUGGAGAACAGGAACUGGAGUUUUUAAGAAAAAUUAUUAAAGAAAAAGUUCCCGCUGUUUUUAUGCAAA